ACAACAAGCAAAAUGGACGACACGACGACACCAUUGUGCUUUUAAAAAGUGUUUUAGUGUUGUUUUGUUGUGAUUUACGGACGAAUUAUGGUCGAUCGUAACGAAAAAGUGUUAUUAGAACUGUUGAAACUACCAGGAAAUAACACAUGUGCCGAUUGUGGGAGCAAAAAUCCAGAAUGGGCAUCGUACAACUUGGGUAUUUUCAUUUGCACCCGAUGUUCGGGUGUUCACCGCAGCAUGGGGGUGCAUAUAAGCAAAGUGAAACAUUUGAAGCUCGAUCGUUGGGAGGACUCUCAAGUCGAACGUAUGAAAGAAGUGGGAAAUAUAAAAUCGAAACUGAAAUAUGAAGAACGUGUGCCCCCUUGUUAUCGAAGACCGAAAGAAAACGAUCCACAAGUGUUAAUCGAGCAAUGGAUCCGAGCUAAAUACCAAAGAGAAGAAUUCUGUCAAUCGCAAAGACUAGUCUACGUAAGCGGUUACAUGGAGGGUUUCCUCAUGAAACGCGGUAAAGAGGAUAGUCGUUAUCAUUCGCGUAAAUUCGUCCUUUCCGAAGCCGAAAACACGCUGAAAUAUUUCGUUCGUGAGAAGAAAAGUCCCAAGGCCGAAUUGGAAGUGUCCGAAUUGAAUGUGGUUUUUGCACCGGAAAAAAUGGAAUAUCCGGCAUCGCUUCAAUUGACAUUUCUCAAAUACGGCACAACGCGUCAUAUUUUCGUAUAUCAUGAAGAUGGUGAAGUGAUAACAAAUUGGUAUAUGGCGAUUCGGUGUGCGAAACUGCACCGCCUCCAAGUGGCCUAUCCGUCGGCGAACGAGUCCGAUUUGUUGGGUUUCCUCACCGAGGACUUCGCCAAAGAGGGAUGGUUGUGGAAGACGGGGCCGAGGACGAGUGAUGGAUUCAAAAAACGCUGGUUUACAUUGGAUAAUCGCAAGUUGAUGUAUCAUGAUGAGCCGUUGGAUGCGCAUCCCAAAGGGGAGAUUUUCCUCGGGUAUGCCAUGGAUGGGUAUAGUGUGAGGAUUGGGGUGUCGGCGGGGGUGCGGGAUCAGGGGUUUUCGUUCGCGUUGACGACACCAGAUCGGGUGUUUAAUUUGUCGGCGCAAACGGAGGCGGAAAGAGACGAGUGGAUUGAAGUGAUUGAGAGGGUGUUGGGACGACCGCUGACGAGGCAAGACGAAGCGAUUUGUACACGAUUGGUGCGAAAGAGGGCCAAUACGAACUCGAUAAGUCGCUUCUCGCCAAGGUAGUCGUAACAUAUCAAACAUUUGACUUUCAUUCAUUCAUCACUAUACCUAGUCCUGUAUUUAUUAUACAAUUUAUCCAUUUGUCAUUCAUAAAUACUCAUCUUGAAGUACAGGUAACUAUUUUAUAUUGUGAAGUGAAAGUAAUUUGUAAAUAAAUAACUGAAUAAAAAAAACAGCCGCUCUAAAUGUAAAUUGUUUUGAACAAUGCUGUACUACUGUUUGCUCUCUCUCUCUCUACAAAAAUAUGAUCUCAUAAUUGUUUUGUUCAAUUUUCAUUUUCACAGUUCAAGCAAUAAUGUCUCGUUUUUCUUUAAUUUUAUGAUCUGUACAAGGAAGGAAAACAAUUGAUACAUCAUUGAAAAGCAUUGUUUUAGUUUGGUCACAACAAUAGUUACAAAUAUUUCACUGCCACUUUUUUUUUAAAUGGCUCAAAUGUAUCAAUUUGUGUUUCUUUCGUUUAUAUUUAUUUUAUAAUAUUCCGAAUGGGAGCGAGGAUCAAAUUUUUUUUCUUCCAACACGGGAAACGAACGGUUUUAUUUUUCAGUGGUCACAAUUGUUUGACUCUUGCUCCUUAUUUUUUAUUUUAAGUAAAUAUUUACAAUGAUAGGUACCGUUGUUUGUAUUAUCCAUUUGCCAAAUAUAAGAUAUACAAUGCGA